CUACAGCGCUUCCACAAAGUUUUCCGCGCGUUCGUUUACGUGAAUCGAAUUUGAUUGUGUCGUAUUAAAAAAAAAAUACCGUAAUAGUAUUGUGUUUGUAAAAUUUUCUUAUUUUAUGUGUAGUGUUUUAAUUUGUGACUUUCCGACGCAUUAUUGAGCAUAAAUGCACAACCAGUGAAACUAGACGCGCUGGAAUAAAUAACUUUCAAAAACAAAAAAAAACAAAAAAACACAAAAGUGAAAACAAAACAAUGUGAAAUAAUGAAUCGAGACACAUGAUUUCAACGAUAAACUACACACAGUCACAGACGAAUGUGAACAUUCUGCACGUUGCGUACUCGUCGUAUGGGAACGAUAUUGAAAAUGUCACAGAGUACCGCACGAAGAGCGAGGCGGCCGUGGAUCUCGACGAUGCCUUCCGUAACGGGAGCCUCACUAACACGACCAUCGGAUACACGAACAACAACUUCACGGAAUACGCUGAAAUACCGCAUUACAUAAAGAUAACUUCGAUGACGUUCUGCAUAGCGAUCAUGUGUUUAGGGGUCAUUGGGAAUGUGAUGGUGCCAAUCGUUAUAUUAAAAACGAAGGACAUGCGGAAUUCUACGAAUAUAUUCCUUGUUAAUUUGAGUAUCGCUGACCUUAUGGUGUUGCUUGUCUGCACUCCCACCGUGCUGGUCGAAGUCAAUUCGAAGCCUGAAACCUGGGUUCUCGGGAAGGAGCUGUGUCUCGCGGUGCCGUUCGUGGAAUUGACUGUCACCCACGCUUCAGUACUGACGAUACUGGCCAUCAGCUUCGAGAGGUACUACGCGAUCUGCGAACCGCUGAGAGCUGGUUACGUGUGCACGAAGACCAGGGCCACCCUCAUAUGCGGACUCGUUUGGUUCUUCGCGGCCCUAUUCACCAGCCCGAUACUCGCGAUCGCCGAUCACAAGGCCACCAGCGUCAAUGGGACCGUCGUGAAUCAAUGUCUGACCCAAGCCGGCACCGUCUGGGAGAUAACUUUCUUCGUCACAAUCAUCAUCCUCCUCUACCUCCUACCGCUGAUCAUCUUAAUCGUAUUAUACAGCAUCAUAGCCAAGAAUUUAAUAACGGCCGCUUCUAAGGUUGUCAUGAACAAAACUGUCGAUCCUUAUAACGCGAGAGCUAGGAAACAGGUCAUCCUGAUGCUGGGUACUGUUGUGCUGUGUUUCUUUCUCUGUUUGAUGCCCUACAGGGCUCUAACGCUGUGGAUCAUAAUAACACCGUCAGGCUUCGACGGUAUAAGCUCCGAGAAAUGGUACAACAUCUUGUACUUCUCGAGAGUCAUGCUCUAUAUAAAUUCGGCUAUAAAUCCUAUACUAUACAACUUGAUGUCGUCCAAAUUCAGAAUCGGCUUCUGUAAGGUGUGCAUUUGUUAUAAAAAAGAAAACGAUCUGAACAGAAGAACGCAGAGGACCAUAACGAAUGGUUCAACGACUAGCAGUAGUCUGACCAGAACUACAAACAGCCUGAAGAAAUUCUUCGGCCACAGAACGAGCGUCGAUAGAAGCGAAGCGGAAACCAACAGCAAAGACGAGGAGAGAAGCUUAUUUGACAGGAUAUUCCCAAACAGAGCGUUUUUAAGGCAGCAAUCAGCGCCGGUCUGUUCAAAUUUGAACCCUAAUCGAAUCAACAGAAUGCGAAGCGAAGGAUGCAUGGAUAUAAACAGGCCAGAUAAUAUUCAUUCCAAUUUGAAUCCUAAAGUGAUUCGAUCAGAAAUCGAUGCAGACCUACCUCGAGCUAAUUCGUUGCGCCGUAACGUACUGAUCAACACUGCGAAAGCAAAGAGCGUUGAUUCGGAAAGAAAUGUAAUGAAUUACAGUAAAAAGACCAAAGUUGAUUCCGUUGUGGCUUUUCAGAAGUCGAAGAGUGUGGAUUACGAAUUCCCAGAGAGUUUCGUUUAAAAUCCCACUAAUAUCGGAUAUGUUUAAUCUGUACAAUUAUUGUUUAUUGGU